AUGCCAGCAGCCCAGAUUUUGAUGCUGGCUGCCUGCUGCUGGCUUCUGUUGGUGCCAGUCCAAUGUUGUGGCCCUGGUCGUGGUCCAGUGGGUCGCCACCGUUAUAGACGUAAAUUGGUGCCCCUCAAAUACAAGCAGUUUGUUCCCAAUGUGCCAGAGAAGACACUGGGAGCCAGUGGCAAGUCAGAGGGCAAAAUUCACCGGGGAUCUGAAAGGUUCAGGGAGUUGGUUCCCAAUUACAAUCCAGACAUCAUUUUCAAGGAUGAGGAAAACACAGGAGCAGAUCGUCUUAUGAGUGAGCGCUGUAAAGACAGAGUGAACGCAUUGGCUAUCUCUGUGAUGAACAUGUGGCCAGGAGUAAAGCUACGAGUAACAGAAGGAUGGGAUGAGGAUGGUCACCAUUCCCAUGACUCCCUACACUAUGAGGGACGGGCAUUGGACAUUACAACAUCAGAUAAAGACAAGGACAAGUAUGGCAUGUUGGCUCGUCUCGCAACAGAAGCUGGCUUUGAUUGGGUGUAUUAUGAAUCCAAAGCACACAUCCAUGUCUCUGUGAAAGCAGACAACUCUUUAGCUGUCCGUUCAGGUGGCUGUUUUCCCGGCACGGCUAUGAUUACACUGGUGGGUGGCCAGAGAAAACCAAUGUCUGAACUGAGGAGCGGUGACAUUGUCCUAACUACAGACGAAACAAGCCAUGUUGUUCCAACAGAGGUCUUGCUAUUUAUGGACUUGGAUACAAAUAAAGUAGCAACAUUUGUUGCCAUAGAAACAGAAGGACACCCAUACAAGCUACUCCUGACUCCAUACCAUCUCAUCUUUGCAGCCAAAAACCCUCUGGCAGAUUUUGUGCCAAUCUUUGCACAUAAUGUUCAAGUAGGAGACCUAGUUCAAAUCCACAACAAUGGCACAAAGCUGAUAGCCUCUAGAGUUUUAAGUGUUUCUACAGAAGAAAGAAUGGGGGUGUAUGCCCCACUGACUGCUCACGGCACCCUAUUAGUGGAUGGAAUACUAACAUCCUGCUAUGCUGUUAUUGAAUGGCAUCAGCUGGCUCACCAGUCAUUUGCACCAAUAAGAUUCCUCUACAGUAUAUCCUCUGUCUUCACAAAUAUGUUAGGUUCUGAAGGGGUUCAUUGGUACUGCCACUUCUUAUAUGCACUGGCUACACAAGUUCUAGGGUGGGAUAUGCUCUGAACAACCUAAGUGUUGUGAGGGGAAUAACUGGAAAAUGCUGCUGAAAUAAGUAAU